UCGGGUUUCCCGGUUUUGGCCAGGUCAUGAAGUCUACAAGGAUCUCGUUGGAGGAAUACCGCUUCUUAGUCUCCACGGUAGCAUUCAACGGCGUCCUUCAGGUACAAUGCAGAGGGGUUUGGGGGGAACGGGGAUAUCUUGGAAUCUAUCAUUUCCGAUUAGUGUCUUCGCUUGAAAUGAUAGCGCUGCUCGCGAGGAGGGGGGAGAAAACACGCCGUAAAGAUACUCAGUCUUGAUGCUACGACUGGCAUAUUUAAAGACAUUUAAGGGGAAGCAAUAAAGUUCGAAAUGAAAGCAAAUUGAGAGCAAGCCAAGAACUCUAUACCCAACCAAAUAACAUUGUUUUCCAACACUGAGCUUCACCCCUUAUUCCAUAGCUUAGUUUUCUCUUUUCUCACUUCCCUUCACACCAUCAGCCGAGAUCAUGGCACCCAAACAAGAAGUAUUCAAUAUUCGUCCAUUCGGAUGGGAGAAUGGUCCUGAAGAGCAGAGAUUCAAAGUUUCUACUCUGGACUACCUCUCAGUCAUCUCCUACAACAAUUAUGCACUAUUCUUCAAGAUUGACGACGCGGCCAAGCCUCAAGCCGUCGAAAUCAUGAAAGAAGGCCUUGCGAGGACUCUCGGUCAGGCAAGGCAUCUAUGUGGCACUAUUGAAAAGGAUCCCGGUGGUGGCCACUCGUACGUUAGCAAGAAGGAUAGCACCACCCGCUUGUUCGUACAGUGGCUGGAUGCCCCUGAAGAUGCUGACAAGUACCCGUCUAUCGAUGAUAUCGAGAAGGCAAACUUCAGCGCGGUGCCUCUUGGUGACCUCAAACUCUGGAGUGUCGAUCCAAUGACCUAUGGCGAGAAGCCCGAGGCUCAUCCCGACGCUAGCCCUGUCGUGGCUGCGUUCAAGAUGAACUUUGUCAGGGGCGGGUUGGUCUUCAACAUGCAUCACCAUCACUACUCUAACGAUGUCAUGGGCUGGGCCGGUUAUACUCGUCAACUGGCGGAAAACUGUUACGCGGCCUUAAACAAGACGCCGUUCCCUGCUUGGGAUCCCAAGAACCAGGAUCUCUCGCCCUUUGUCAAGACCGAGCCACCGGAAGAUCAGAAGGUCGAUGGACCUCCGGCACCUGAACGCCAUCCCGGUCACAUUCAGGGAGUGUCUCUGCUCUUCCACUUGCCCAAGAGCAAAGCGGCUGAACUGAAGAAGCUGGCCACGCCAACAGAGGGAUCAUGGAUCUCUACCUAUGAUGCCUUCUCUGCUUUUAUAUGGCGUACGGUAACUCGCGUCCGUGCCCCUAUCUUCAACCCAGAUCCGGCGUCAAAACUCUUCUGGGCGGAGGCCAUCGACAUGCGCAGGCGUUGGCACAGCCCCAAGGUCGCUCCGCGAAUUCGGGGCAAUGUCAUGUUCGCAGCUCUGUCCACGACCGCCCCUGUCGAGCAGCCAACAGUAGCCGAGGUCAUUUCAGAGUGGCCGCUGUCCAAGAUAGCCCAGUACGUGCGCCAGAUGACGGACAGUGUCACUCAGGAGGCCCUUGACAAGACGUUGGACAUGGUGGCCACUGUUCGCGACAAGACAAGCCUCAACAUUCGCAUCGACUCCCUGCCACCCAUGUCGAUUCUUCAGACCGACCACCGUGAUGCUAGCAUGGCCUCGACUGACUUUGGCUUCGCAAAGGCCAUUACCUAUCGCCACCUUACAGAUCGUAUUACUGAGGGUGUCAUCAUCGUUUACCCACCCCGCAGCAAUGACCCAGAGUCAGAUGAGGGCCCAGAAAUGUCCUUCUUCUAUGAGAAGAGGUUGGCACAGGAUCUCAUUGAGGACCCUGAAUGGAACAAGUUCUUCGAAUUCAGAGGUGUUGAUGCUGAGGAUGCUACUGCUGCAGCGGUUCUCAACUAGUUGGAGCCAACGGCGAGCAAAAGUUCCCAGCUGUUGGUUCCUACUUGUGUUUGUUUGUGUUGUUGUUGUGUGCUUGUGUGUCUACCCCUGGACUUUUAUUUUAGGAUAUACUCGUAAGAGCACCAUGGAGGUGGAGUCUGGUGCCAAGAACCACACAUAUGGAUUGAACCGAGCAAAGGUUGACCUACUUACCUUAUCUACAUGGAUGGAAUACAAAUACAUACUGAGUCACUUAGUAAUGAUCAAGAAGAAGAAUAAAGUCACCUAGAUACUCCAAGGC